AUGGAGCUGGUGUGGCUGUAUGUGGUGCUGAUCCACGUGCAGCACGUUGCUGCUGUGACCUGGCUCAGGUCCCUGGCCAAGCAGACUUCCCUGAAGGCAGUCCUCCGGGACGCCAGGGGCUGUGAUGGCCUGGCAGGGCUGGUGGAAGAGCAGGUCCGCGUUUGCCGGCGGCAAGUGGAAGCCAUGGAGGCAGUGCAGCAAGGCACGGAGCUGGCUGUCCUCGAGUGCCAGCACCAGUUUCACUCUCGCUGAUGGAUCUGCUCCACCCUGCAGGGGCUGCAGGUCUUCAGCAAGGCCACCAUCCAAGGCACACGGGAGUCUGCUUUCAUCCACGCCAUCUCCGCUGCCGGCAUUGCUUUUGCUGUGACCUGUGCCUGCAGCCUCAGGGAGCUGCACAAGUGUGGCUACAAGGUCCGAGGAGUCAGCUCUGAAGGUUUCCAGUGGUCAGGCUGUUCUGAUAACCUGUCUUACAGGAUUGCCUUCUCUCAGGCCUUAGUGGACAGCCCUGAGAGGAGCCGUGGUGUCUCCUCCAGCUGAGCGCUCAUGAACCUGCACAACAAUGAGGCUGGGAGGAAGGCCCUCCUGGCCCACAUGAAGGUGGAGUGCAAGUGUCAUGGUGUGUCGGGCUCCUGCGAGGUGCGCACCUGCUGGAAAGUCAUGCCUCCCUUCCGCCAGGUGGGCAACGUCCUCAAGGAAAAGUUUGAGGGGGCAGCGGAGGUUUACCCGAAGCGGGUCGGUUCCCGCAAGCUCCUGGUGCCCAAGAGCUCUCGCUUCAAGCCCUACACGGCUCACGUCCUGGUCUACCUGCUGGCCAGCCCGGACUUCUGCGACCGGGACCCUCGGCACGGGAUCUCCGGCACCUCCGGGCACCGGUGCAGGCGCACAUGGCUGGCCACGGACGGCUGCGAGCUGCGGUGCUGCGGCCGCGGCUUCCCCACGGCCCGGGCGGAGCUGGUGCAGCGCUGCAGCUGCGAGUUCCGCCGGUGCUGCUCCGAACAGUGCGAGCAGAGCCGGCUCCUCGUGGAGGUGCACGGGUGCCGCUGAGGGGAGGCUGCCCGGCCACUGCCGAGCCGCAGGGAAGGUGCCCAGGGGUGCCACAGGCUCCUGCGUGCUCCGCAUACAGCACCCUCCCGCCGGCCGCGGUGGGCUGCUGCGGUUUGAAUUGUUUCUCCGGAGGGAGGGUUGGAGGGCACAGG